CGGCUGGUGCUGUGUGCUGAUGAUUUUCAGCGAAACGACGACGGACGGACUGUGCAUCCGAAAAAGUGCUGCGAGCUAGUGGUACAAAAUUCACUUCCCAUCACGUUCUAAUCGGGAAGAACCACCGAAAUGUCCGCCAAGACGGCCGCGAUGAUUGCCCACACCCGGCGGGUGUGUUCGCUGUACAAAAAAUCCCUGCGUAAUCUGGAAUCCUGGUAUGAUCGCAGACACAUUUUCCGCUACCAGGCCGUGAUAAUGCGGGAGCGUUUCGACAAGCACAAAAAUGAACGCGAUCCGGCCAAAAUCGCUCAGCUGCUGGCCGAUGGCGAACGCGAACUGUUCGAAACUCAACACUUCCAGCCAAAGAAAUUCCCAAUGUCGCCCGGUGGUGUUGCGUUCGAGCGAGAGGUCAUUCCCCCGGACUGGGUGCUGGACUAUUGGCACCCGCUGGAGAAGGCACAGUUCCCGGAGUACUUUGCCCGUCGCGAGAAACGCAAGGAGGAGUACGUGGCCUGGUGGGAGAAGCAGUACGGCAAGACGUCCGCCUCGGAAGGUUCGCACCACCACUGAAAUCUUGGAGAGGAGGAGGGCGACCGUCGCAAACUAUUCGAACAUUGAAAAUUAUGCUUUUCCUUUUGCAAAUCGAACCAGCGUGUCGUCUACUGGUCAGCUUAAAUAGAAGGAUAACGUUGAUUUAGA